AUGUAGCAAAAUUAAUAAUAAAACAAUAAUUUGUUGGCCAAUUCAUCUCUAAAUACACCUGAACCUGAUGAGUAUAGGGAUACUUAGUUAAAAAAUUCAGAUUUCAACUAAAAAUAAUUAAGUCAACAACUUUAAAUUAAUCAGUUAGUAAAAAAAACUUGUGAAGAUUGUGAUAAAAUAAGAAUUUUGAUAGGAUAGACUGGAAGUGGUAAAAGUAGCUUUGUAAAGAAAAUAACUAAUUUAGCUGAAAUCUAAGUGAGCGGUGGGAAAGAUUCAUGCACAAAAAUAUGUAAUAAUUACAUAAAAGAUGGAAUUAAAUACAUUGACACUCCUGGCCUUAACGAUACGAAAAGGAGUAGAGAAGAAGUUUUACUUGAAAUUGUUAAAUACCUGUUUUCUUAAUAAAUCAAAAUAUGUUAACUAUUUUUCAUUUAUGUAUCGAAUAAAUAGCUUUAGACAUAACAAAAUGAUAUCAACGAGUUAGUCUACACUUACUUCUUAUAUGAGUUGUUUAAAAAUGAUAUUAAUUCAACCACUCUUAAGAGUCUUAUUACUGAAUUCUAGAACAGUAAUCACUUUUUGAAGUGGGUAGAGUGCAAAUAUCAUACUGGUCAAGAUGCCUUCAGUCUCAAAAGAAUUGAAAUUUAUAAGCAAAAAGAUAAAGCAUUAAAUUAUAUUCAAUAUGCGAACAGCCAUCAUAUUUUCGUUUCCACUCAUUUUGAUAAAUUAUAAAAAGAAACAUUUGAUGAACGCGAUGAAUACAUGCUAAAUUCUCUGAGAUAGUAAAUUUGGUCAAACAUUACAGAUUCUGAACUGACUAAACUCAAAUCAUAUAAAGAUUACAUCAAGCAACAAGAAGAAAGUUUAAAUGAAAAAAUUCUUAGAAUUAUAAAACUUGCAUAAAGUUAUUAUUAAGUUGAUAAUAUAUAAGAUGUACAAAAUAUUAUUAUCAUAGGUGAAUCAUAAGUAGGUAAGUCUUCUUUGAUUGAGUAACUAACUGAAUAUAAAGGACUUAGAGGAGAUUCUACAAAUUCCAAAUCAAGAUUUUGCGAAAUAUUCCCAGUUAUAUAUAACGAUGUGAGAUACAACUUUAUUGAUACUCCAGGAUAUGGAGGUACUGAGAGCAGAAGCAGCUACUUUGAUAAUUUUAAAUUGAUAGCUGAUUUUCUUAGAAGGAAUAAAAUAUUAGAAUUUAAAAUUCUAUUUGUUAGUAAUGCUGAAAUAUAAUGUAGAGAUAACACUGAUUAAAUUGUAAAACAAUUUCUUCUUUUCAUUUAAGAGCUAUUUGACUAGGAAAUUACUUUAGUAGACUCAGAUAAGCUAGGCGACAUCCUUGAAAAUAAAUUUGACAAAGAAAUAAGCUAAAAAAAUAUUAGACAUGUCAAAAGCAAAAUGAUUUAAGUUGAGAGAAGGGCUGAAAAAAUUCACAAUAAUAAAAUCUAUUUCAAUUUUGAAAUAUAGAGCGUUGAAUUUAAUUGCAACUAUAGGUAUUGGAAAAGUCUCAUUUAAAUAAAUGACGAAGAAGAUUAGCUACAAAAAAAGACAUUAUUCUAGGCUAUAAACUCUAUUGAGAGCUUUUCUGUUGAAGACAAAAUUUAAUUAAAAAUUACAAAAUUUUAGGAUUUCUAUAUUAUUACAGAUCCAAAUGAGUAUAAGGAAUAAUACCAAAGGAUAUUUCUUUUAUAUUGUGAGCUCAACAAAAUAACUACAUAAAUGAAUGAAUGUUAAAUUCCAUCAUAAGAGCAAAUACAAUAAAAGAUAAAAAUUUAAAAGGAAUUAGAUACCUUAAACUUUGGAUUACUUUCUAAUUUUAAUAAAAUAGAUGAAAUUUAAAGUGCCCAACAAGAACUUUUUGAUAAAAACUCUAUUGAAUAAGGCUAAUUAUAAAAUAUGUUAAAAAAUAACAUUUAAAGACACUUUUUAAUAUUGUAUUAAUGGAAUUCUUACUAAUUCUAAGAGGAACCAUCAAGCGAAAAUAUUUUACUCUCAAGAAAACAGCUUCACUUUUGGAAUUUAGUUUAUCAUCUUUAACCAGUUAUUGAUAUCGAAUAACACAGGUAGACUUUGGAAGAUCUAGCCAAAUUAAAAGUGAUCAAAGAGAUUACUGCUUAUUAGACUAUUUAAAAUGGGAUAAUUGAUGCUUUUCAAUACGAAGACUAAGAAAAUUUAAAUUUGACCAUUUAGUAAUUUUUUGAAUCCAUGGAUAAAAUUAUUGGAGUUGGGGGAGAAGGGUUUAGAAAUAUGACAUACUUCAGUUAUAAUGCUAAGUUAUUAAUAACUUCUUUCAAAGCUAUAAAAGAGGUCAAUAGAAUUUUGCUUGCUUUAAAUGUAGUUGCAUCACUUGCCAGUAUUGGAUUUGACUUUUCUUCUUAUCAAAAGAAAUAUAUUUGCUCUUAAUAGAUGUAGGUAAAUACAGCCUCUAAUGUUUUAAGUGGACUUCUUGGUAUUGCUGCUUUUUUAAUCCCUGGAGUAGGAUGGGUGCUUGGCGGAAUAGCAGCUGCAAUAGGAUUAAUAGGGAAUUUGUUUUCUCAACUCUUCUAUACAGACAAAUAAUAGUUUGAUGAAACUAUUGGAUUAUUUUUUAAAGAUUUUCUAAAUGAAAAGAAAAUUCCUUUAUUGUAUUUUUAAAAGGCAGGUUUGCUAAAGGAGAAAUAUUGUAUUGAAUUAUAUUCUCAACCGUAAUGUGAAGAGGCUUAUGAUUAUUAUAGAGACCUGUAAAUAGACAAUUUUGAAAAAAAUAAAUUGAUUUUAUCAAAUAUUCAUAGAGGGACACUAGAUGAAAAAUAACAAAAGGAUCUAAUUUCUUAAUAUAUAUAUAAAGAAUACAUAAUAAAUAAAUUUAUCAUUUAAUUUGAUGAGGUUUAACCAGACUAAGUUUUAACUUAAAUUCCAGAAAUAAAAAAAUUCAUUGUUUUUAAUGAAUAAAUUAUUAAAACCUUUUUUAAUAACUUCGAAGAUAAUAAAGAAUUAUUAGAGAAAAUAUAUUCUAAAAACAAUUUCAAAGAAUAAAUUAAUAAUAUAUUGGAAUCAUAAAACCCUACAGAAUAAUUAGGUCAGUUCAAUAAAUGCAUGUAAGAGUACUCCAAUAAUCUUAACGAAUUUGUAAAAUAUGUUAAAUAAAUAAAUUAUACAUAUGAUAAAUGUAUUAAGUCUACUAAUAAACUAAAAAAAGGUAAUUCUGAAAUUUUAUUCAAUAGCUAUUCUAAUUUAGCUGAAGAAAAGCAAAAAUAUUUAUGUGAACAAAGCUUAAUUACAGAAAUUGAGUUAUCUCAAGAUAAACAUUCCUUUGUAAUUAAAAAAGAAUUUCAAAAUUAAAAUUUUUUUAAAUUAGAGAAACCAAUCUAAGCUUUAUUAGAUUAAAUAUCCUAGUUGUAUAAUUAUGAAACUUUCAUAUCUUCAAGGUAUUUGUAAAAGUUCAAAGGUAGAGAAGAGCUUAAUCUAAGUUUCUGUUCUUUAGAAGAUAAUCUAGAAAAAAACUUAGAAAAAUCUGUAGAUUUAUUAUCAUUUUUAAAAGAAAAAGUCUCUGAAGAAGAAUUUAUGAAAUGUGUUUCCAAUUAAUUUUAGUAAAUUGAUACAGCUACUUACACAAGAAUAUAGUCCUUCUUGAGAGCCUAUUAAUCAAUAUAAGAAAAAUUCAAUUAAAUAGAAUAGAAAGAAUGA